AUGCUGAAUAGUGUUAUGAGCCCGUCCUUUAGUCUUCAGCAUCUGUUGGAUUCCUCCCACCCUGUGUUCCGCGACGUCUUGUGCUACAAAGGGACGGCGGGGUUAUUGGGUGAGAGUGUAUCCCCUCCUAUAGAGGGGUUAGGGGGGAGUUGGCCUGAGGGUUUGUCUAUUGGGCCGUCUCAAGUGUUGUUGCCUUGGGUGCCUCCUUCUCAUGCUUCAAAUUUCCCUGCUGUGCGGGCUCAGCUGCAACUGGAGGGCUUUAAUGGUUCGCCUCAGGGUGGUGCUGCAAUAUGCUUCUACUGGGUGGCCCAGAACCCGCAGGUGGUAUCCCUGCUGCAGCCUGAUUGUUCAUCUGACCAGCCUGCAGCAGCAUGCCGUUUGGAUGGAGAUGUGGGAAGGCGAGGAGGAUCUAUGGGCUCCCCACCUGUUCAAGGUUGGGUAUCUGGAGGGAGGCCCUCUUGUUUCUCUCGCGUGUUGGUGGAGGCUGCUCCUCAGUCUUUAGGUCGUCGUGCGUCUUCCUGGGUUUUCGCCUCUGCUGAGCGUGGUUUAAUAAUGGGCGUUUCGGACCUAUCCUCUGUUUCUUCUUCCUCUGAGGGUUCUUUAUUACCAGCUGGUGGUGGUGGUGGCCAAGGUAUUGGGGGUCUUCAUAGGCGCGGCUUUAGGGCGCAGGUAUUGGUUGCACCAAUAGUACGAUUAAGUUUUUCAACAAGAGAUAAACGUCUUGCAAUUGGUCAAUUAGGAGAUGUUAGUUUACUUGCAUACGAUGAGGAAGGGAAUGUUUUCUCGUCUCUUGAAGGAUUACCUUUUUCUUGGCAUAUUGAAGGACCUUCAGAUGUUGUUGCAAUAGAGCCUGUAGCAACAGAUGCAGUAGCAGGCACACCAGCUCGCCGUCUUGUCGAGGCUCAGCAGCAGCAGCAUCAGCAGAACCAUCAGCAGCAUUCGGAGGAAGGUGAAGUAGGUAUCCGUUCGGAUGCCAUAGUAUUGAGGGGCUUACGUACAGGACGAGUACUCUUACGAGCUCGUCUUGCAUUAAAGGAAUAUGGUGAUGUUGCAGCAGCAGAAGUUUCUUUUCUUGUCCAUGAAGUUUUCUCUCUUCAGCCAACUCAUCUUCUUCUACCACCGGCGGCAACAUUCAAUAUUCGCCUACUUAGACUAUGGGAGGAUGGCCGUCAAGAAGUGUUAAGCCUUCCAAAUCCAGAUUUCUCUUGGAGUGUUGAGCCUCUGCUGCCGGAAGAUUCUGCUGCAGCAGCAUCUGCUGCUGGUGCGUCGUUGCUGCAGGUCACAGACGAGGGGAUUGUCACUGUGGGGUUGGUGCAGCAGGACAGCAGUGGCCUGCUGCCCUAUCGAGGCUUUGUGAGCUGCCGAGACACCCGAACAGGAGAGCAACAGCAGGCAGAUGUUGUUGUUGCCUUUCCUAAGACUUUGCAUCUCUCUUACGAAGAUACAGAGGCCCUCAACAGCCAGCUCCUCUGGCGCAGGGCAACAGCAGCAGCUGCUGCUGCUGCUGGCAGCAGCGGAAGCAGCAGUGGUGCAGCGGCGGAGAAGGCGCUCCUGCUGCGGCACUUGCUGCAGGAAGAAGAUGCACUUGGAGUUGGGGGGGAGGGACCCUCUUCCUUGACUGCCUUGCGCCUUUCUCCCUUGACGAAAAACGAGAGAGCAGCAGCAGCAGCACCAGGAGGCGACGCGGCAGCUGUGGUAUACUUAACACAGGGCAAGGAGUACCUAUUGAAGGCAGAGUUGGGGGCCCCAGUAGAAGGGGGCGCCCGCAGCAGCAAAAUGCUUCUCCCCCCCAAUGCAGUGCUAAACUGGUCUUGUGCUGCAGCAGCAGAGACAGAAGCAGCAGCAGCAGCAGGAGAGGAAGCAGCAGCAGAUGGCCCCUGUCCUUUCGAGAAGGUCGCCGCCCCUCAACAGAUCGGUGUCCCUCCUGCUGCUGUUUGGAGACCCUUUGCUGUUGUCUCUGUCUCUCUUGUUGUUGUUGUUGUUCCUCCUGUCUCCUUCCGUUUGCUGCCUAUACACCGUAGCACACAGCAGCAGGUAGAGGGGUUUGCUGCACUACCACGACUAGAGGCCCCCCUCCUCCUUGCCCCCAACUCCGCAUUCCCCUUAGAACCCCAGGGAGGCUCAGGAGAGUAUCUGCUGACUUCCCUCGACCCUUCAGUCUGCCGUGUGCUGCCUCCCGUUGGUCCAGUUGCUGCGCCCUUUUCCUCUUCCGGGUUGCUGCUGCUGCCCACAGCACAACAACAGCAACAGCAGCAGCAGCAGCAGCACUGGGUAGUUGAGGCUGAGGGUUUAGGAGUGGGGUCUGUGCUGCUGCAAGACAAAAGACAGCCACAAAAUGGGCUGCUGCUGACAGUCAUUGUUGCGCCUCCUUCCAAGGUUGAAUUGCGCCUGCAGCAUUUGCUGCUGCCGCUGCAGCAGCAGCAGCAAGGCAGAGAAGCAAAUACUCCACAAGACGACAACACUGCAAUUGUUGUCGCCUCUGCUGACUUGUCCGUCUUUGCUGGCGUCCUGCCUGCAGCCAACAGACGCUGGCUCUCUCGCACCAACAGCAGCAACAGCAAAAGCAGCAGCAGCAGCGAGAAGGCUCCAGAAGGACCCGUGGAGUCGUUUGUCUCCUCGCAGGAUUGGCCCAAAACUCUUCAAGAGGCACGCGAUCGCCUGACAGAAGCAGCAGCAGCAGCAGCACAUGAUGCUUUUGGUGCUGCCGAGGCCGUUGUGGAGGUGGAUAGGUUGUGUGUGUUGUUCGUUUUGCUGGUGCUGCUGUUGCUGCUGCAGGGUAUGGGUGCUGUGCCAUACACCUGUGGGAUUGUAUCCUUAAAAGGACUGCGCAAAGGCUCAGCACGACUGACAGCAACACUGCAGCAGCAGCAGCAGCAGCAGCUGUUGCUGCAGGCUUCUGCCCAAAUAGACGUGUACCGGCCUAUGGAGUUGUGGGCCAUUCUCUCCUCCCUCUCCUUCCCCCUGCCGCCACCAGAGAGACUUAACACAGGGCGAGCAGCCCCGUUGCUGCAGCGGCUGACCAGGGACCCCAGCAGCAGCAGCACAGCUGCAGCAAGAGCAGCACAGGCCUCCACGCUGCAGCAGCAACUCGAUCUCCGGCCUCCCAAUGCACUAGCUGCAAGCACCGCCAGCAACAUCCUCCACUAUGGAGCACCUAUCUCUGCCAUCAGCAGCAGCAGCAACAGCAGCAGCAGCAGCGGCAGUUUGGGUGCUGUGGGGGAGGUGGCUUUGAUGGUUGGGGGUUCUUUAACAGUGUUUCUAAAGGAGGGACCCCCUUCGAGGCCGGAGGCCUACAGACACACUGUGAUUGCCACUGUGCGCCCAGCAGCAACAGAUGCAGCCGCAGCAGCAACAGGUUCUGACAAUGAGGAGGCGGCAGCAGUAGCAGUAGUACAGGAGGGUGGCGGUUUGCUGCAGCGUUUUGUGUGUCUUCGCGAGGGGCAAAAUCCCCUGUUGGUUACUCUCAGCAGCACAUACACUUCUAAAGACCCCAAUGUCACGUGCUCACGGGAGGAGACGGUGUCAGUAAUGAUAUCCUGCCACUACCCCGAGUUGCUGCAGCUGCGGGCGUUGCCUUCCCUGUCCCGAGCUGUUGCUGCUGCAGGCCGUGGACAGCAGCAGCAGGAGCGUGUGGCUCUUUUGCAGGAGGCAUUGGGGGGACUUCCUGUUGCUGCUGCUACACUGGAAGCAGCAAAGCCAUCGUCUGCUGCUGCAGAGUUGUCAGCUAACAAUGCAGAUAGUCUGUAUAUACAGUGCGGCGCGCAGCAUGCCUUUGGGCUGUUAGCGUAUACUGCUUCCUUAAGGCCUCUUGUUGGUCUUGAGGCCCUCCCCACUCAGUGGAAGCUCACUCCCACGCAGCAACAGCAGCAGCAGCAGCAUGGGGGCGAGCAGCCGCUGCUGCAGGUCCUGACUUCCUCAGCAGCAAAAGCAGCACCAGCAGCAGCAGGAAAUGGAUAUUCAUUGGCGUUGCUUGCUGUCUCACCGUCAUUUUGCUGCGGCUCUUUCUCAUUAGAGGUCGCCGUAAGACCGCCAACUCAAAUCCCCGCAGACUUGGAGGCCGCCCUUAGUCAGCAGCAGCUGCUGCUGCUGCAGGCAUCGCUGCAGCAGUGGGGAGCAGCAGCAGCAGCAGCAGGAGACCCGCACCAGAAUUUCCCUCUAUGGGAAAAGGGACAGCUGCGCGACAGUCUGCUGCUCAUGCUAUCCCCUCCCUUGAGAUUGCUGCCUCCACCAGCAGCUGCCCCUCCCUCCUUACAAGCGGCGGCAACAGCAGCAGCAGGUAGUGAGCAGCAGCAGCAGAUGCAGAUUGUGCGACUGCCUUUCUUCCCAGGCGUGGCUUCUCGUCUGCUGCUGCAGUUCGGCAGUCCGGACAUGGAGGCCGUGCGAGUUGUACGUCUGCUGCCCCUCGAAGGAGCAUCAGCAGCAGCAGGACCUGCUGCUAGUGUGGUGGGUAGUGGUGAGCUGCUGACGUCGCGGGAAAGUCCUCUGCUCCAAUGUCUGUCUCCUGCAAAGGCUUCUGCUCGACAUGCGGCAUUGCUGGCGGGGGAUUCUUCAGCAGCAGCUGCUGCCGCUGCUACUGCGGGAGCAGCAGAGUAUGGGAGUGCAGCAGACGUUGCAUGCACGGGUUUGGGUGCGUCUAUUGCUAGUGUGUGGGGUGUAUCUUUGCCUUCUCCCUUCUCCUUCGGUCUUUCUCCUUUUGCUGAUGUUUGCCCCCUCAGUAUGAGGGAGUUAUUCGUGCUGCCUCCCUCUCUUAAGGAAACAGACCCCAUUCUGCAGCACCAGCAGCAGAAGCUACCAUCGCUGCGCUUGGAAGCUUGGGAUCAGAGGCUGCUGAGCCCGUGGCAGCCAAACAGCAACAGCAGCAGUGGCAAUGGGCCACAGCUGUCUGUACAACUGCUCUUCGUGCGUCUGCGCUCGUUGCGUUUGAUGCUGCUGCCAACAUCGCUCUCAGCUAAAACAAAGCAUAAGAAGCGGCGAGCAGCAGCACCAGCAGCAGAGUCAAC